UCCAACUUCCGCUUGGGCCCGUUGGCAGCCCCCCUUUUCAAUUUUCAUUUUUAUCUUCCUCCCUCUUUCUUCCUCGCACUGCGAUGGUCUCGGCUCCCGAUGUGGUUGGAGAUCUAUCUCCAGAUGUUUUGUCCCUCCCCGCAACUGCGAUCGCCCCGAUCCCCUUCAUGGAUCAGUGGAGCAACUUGCCACCUACUAGUGGUGUGGACGAAACUUUGUUUCCGGGUUUUGUGCCCAUGUUUCAAGGUCUUACUCCUUUGAUUUGGGGUUUUUAGGACCAGAUUUGGGGUUCUUGGGGCUGAUUUGGGGACUCUGCGCUCAAUCUCCUCCAAUAUUUCGAAUCUGCUUCCGGUCAGAGACAACUAUAUGUUGUCACCCCUUCAAAGGUCUGGUAUCUCUUUAGAAUGGUGUUUGCACCACCUGACCUUUUUGGUUACAGCUUGGUUCUAGGCAUUCGUUUGCGUUUGUUUUCGUCUAAGGACCGGAUUUGUGGCGUCCAGGAUGGGUUUGGUUCUUCUUGAUUUGCAUGUUGGGCUUCUUUUCACCAACUUUGAAGCAUUGAAUGAUUUUUGUAUUGCUCUAUAUGAUGGUAUCUCUCUGUUUUUCUGUUCGCCGGUCGUCUUCAUCCUGUUUGCGGCGGUUGAAGCGGUGGGUGAUCUGUUGACGAGGGGUCACUUCUGCAGCGGUUUUAGGGUUAUGGUUACCAGAUUUUUCAGAGGGGUCACUUUUGGGCCUCUUCAGGUGGGCUCUAGCUUUUGGGCCGAGCCACAUCUUUUGUGAUUUUCUUUUAUGCCUUAGGUACCGUAUAAUUGAGAACCUAUACUCGAUGAUUGUAUUCGAUGAUUGUAUAUGUGACGUCUCAUUUGUAUCUAUCUCAUUUAUCAGGCUGUGGUUUUUGUACUAUGUCCGUUUGGACUUUGUUAUAAAAUUCCUCCUUUUAACCCAAAAAAAAAAAAAAAAAAAAGGGACUAGAGAGAUUGGCUUUCACCCGAAAGGCCAUGAGAGAAGACUGGAGAAUAAAAUCUAGAAAACUGUCUCAACCCCCAUGAACGUUAGCUGAACACGAUUGAUGAGAAAACUUAACCAAACGAAACUGCAAGGACGGAAAUACCAAACCGUAACGGAAACCAAGAACCAAUACCCAAAAGCUGGAAAACCAGGAAAGACGAUGCAGCAGCAGCAAGAAAUACAAUAUUUGUUUUAGGGUUUUAAUCUGAAUUUUUUGUGGUGAGAAGGAAAAAUUACAAGGAAUAUAUGGUGGAAGUAUUGUUCAGGAUGAAGAGAGAGGUGAUUGAAGAUGUUGCAAUAAUAGCGGGGUUGGUAGGGGUGCAAUUUGUGUAUGCUGGGAAUGCUGUGUUGCUAAGCUAUGUAAUGUCUUUGGGGCUUGAUCCUCACACCAUUGUUAUCUUCUCUACCUUGGCCACUUUCAUCAUCCUAUCUCCCAUUGCUGCUUAUUUUGAAAGGCACACAUGGCCGAAGAAAAUCAGCUUGAAGUUCAUGAUACAGUUGGUUUUGAUCGCCUUUGGAGGGGUAACUUUGUUCCAGACAUUAUUUCUAAAGGGGAUCCAAUUUACUUCACCAGCAAUGGCAGCAGCCAUGCCAAACCUUGCUCCUGGGUUUAUUUUCAUCAUCGCCUGUACUGUUAGAUUGGAGAGAGUAAAAAUUAGUUGCAUAUACAGCAAAAUGAAGAUUCUAGGCACAAUUCUGUGUGUAGUAGGAGCUAUCACACUGAGCGUAAUGCAAAGCGCCAGUCCUACCAAAACAGAAGCAGGGCCCCAAGUUCGACCUAGUUCUCCUGAAUUUCUCUUUGAUAAGCAAAAGAUUAUUGGUCGCUUGUAUCUCCUUGCUGCUGUGUUUGUUUUGUCCAGCAAUACUGUCUUGCAGGCUACAACCUUGGGUGAUUUUCCUGCACCUAUGUCCCUGUGCGUCAUAACAUCAUUGAUAGGAGUGUUUCUAACUGCAGCGGUACAAUAUGUUCAAGACCACAAAAUAGAAACUGGCUGGCCACUUGUGAGUGCAAGACAAUUGAUUGGCUUCUCUCUACUGGGAGGUGCAGUGAGCGGAGCAUGUGUGAGCUUCAACGGAUGGGCAAUUAAGAAAGGGCCGGUUUUGGUUUCCAUGUUUAGCCCUAUUGGAACAGUCUUCUCAGUUGUUCUCUCAGUUGUAACAUUGGGAGAUGCCAUUAGUGUUGGAAGCUUUGCUGGUAUGUGCCUCAUGUUUACUGGGCUCUACUUCUUCCUAUGGGCAAAGGGGAAGGAAGGCUACUUAGAUGUGGUUGACUUAGAAAGUGAGUUUGAUGCAGAGAAGCCUCUAUUAAGUUGAUAUCAUUGUUUGUGUAUAGGUUUUUGUUUCAGUUUUAGACAGAUAAAGAUAAAAUAAAAUUUGAAGGAAUCGUUCUAGGGGCUAUAGACUAAUCAGCCGUAAGGAAUGUGCAUGAUUUUCACGCAUAGUACUAGUGUUAAUGUGACGAUACAAUUCGUAUACUGAAAAAUUCAGUACAUAUGUUAUAAAUUAGCUUAAUAAUGCUCGACAUUAAUCAGCAA